CGGCAUGCCGUUCCCGUCGGCGGCGUCCACCUUCAGCCUGGGCUCCUCCCCCUGCUCGUCGUCGGGGGGCCCGCCGGCCGGUCCCAGCCUGUACGAGUUCCUGCUCGAGGCUGAGCUCUCCUCGUACUACGACGCGCUACGCAACGACCUCAAGGUGUCCUCGGUGGGACAACUCAAGUAUGUCGAGGAGGACGACCUUUCGCACCUGGGAAUGAGCCGGCCCGAGCAGAGGCGCCUGCGAAAGUACUUCCACAAGUACUUCCCCCAGACCUACCUGCGAAAAAUCAAGCAGAUGAUUCUCCCCAAAGCCAAAGAUGACAUGGACCAGUCGUCAGUGCUGUUGCUUGACACUAGCACGGACAAGGGUUCCUCGUCACAGGUUCGGGUUCCCAGCAAGCAUAUAAUCCCUGCAGACAGCAUUGUCAUCAACAAGGAGCUUGGUGUCGGCGAGUUUGGUGUCGUCCAGCAAGGGGUUUGGACCAAUGAAGAUGGAGACAGGAUCCAGGUGGCCAUAAAGUGUCUGAGCAAGGAUCAAAUGCAAAACAACCCCAUGGAGUUCCUCAAAGAAGCUGUCAUUAUGCACACCAUUGACCACGAACACAUUGUCCGGCUCUAUGGGGUUGUUUUGGACACUGUGUCUCUCAUGCUGGUGACUGAGUUGGCACCUCUGCGAUCACUGCUGGAGUGCCUGAAGGAGGCUUCUCUGCGGCCCAGCUUCCCGGUGAUGGCACUCUGUGACUUUGCAAUGCAGAUCUGUGAUGGCAUGCAGUACCUGGAGAGCAAGCGCCUCAUCCACAGGGACCUGGCUGCACGGAACAUCCUAGUCUUUGCCAAGAACAAGGUAAAGAUUAGCGACUUCGGACUCUCUCGAGCACUUGGUGUAGGCAAAGACUACUACCAGACAAACUUCAAUGUUAAUCUCAAGCUCCCAAUUGCAUGGUGUGCUCCAGAAUGUAUUAACUUCCUGCGAUUCACAUCAGCAUCUGAUGUGUGGGCAUAUGGUGUAACCUUGUGGGAAAUGUUCAGCUACGGAUUUCAGCCCUGGGCUGCAUUGACUGGCCAACAGAUAUUGGAAGCGAUAGACGAGCCAAAUCUGCAGAGGCUGGAGCAGCCUGACUGCUGUCCUAAGGAUUACUACACACUGAUGCUAAAAUGCUGGCAGCACGACCCAAACAAGCGGCCAAGGUUUUCUGAAAUACUUCAAAUGUUACCUGAUUGUAAGCCGGAGCAAGUGCAGGCUAUCACCGACUGCCCAGACACUUCUAUGGGAGGCUCAGUCAAACUGAAGAAAGAUGCCUUGCACUACCGAACAGGCGAUGUGAUUACAGUGCUGGACAAAAGGCCUGAUGCAUGGUCCCUGUGGAAAGGCGUCACAGCUUCGGGAAAGACUGGUUUCUUCAAUCCGGCUGCUACAAUUGCAUAUCUGGGCCACAAUCUGCCUUCAAGUCGUUCUAGUGGCAGCUUCACCCGAUGGGAUCCUCGUUCUGGUGCUGGUGUAGCCUACGCCAGUGGUCGGCGCAGUCGAUUGCGGCCUGAAAUGAUUUCAGGCCCCCAGGGUGACUUGAAACAUACUGGCCAUGUAGGUCUUGAUGGAGCAUUUUUUGGAGAUGUAGCUUUCCUUGGUGAUAAAUAUGGGCAGCUGCCGAAGCAAGUUGUGAAUCCUUAUAAGCCUCAAGAAGAUAAGGACUCCUCAGACUCUUCAGAUAUGACACCUCUCCUAAACGGCUCCAGUUCCACCGUAGAUGGCAAAAGUGGCCCUGCUUUGGAAACUUGGUCUGAUACUAGUAGUGAGAAAGACCUGGCAAAGGAGUACAUUCUUGAAAAAGAAAUCUGUGCCAAGCCACUGGAUCUGAAGCAUUCCAAGCCACUUGACCUGAAGAGCAUGUCAGCAAAAGAUAGCCAAAAACCUGAUCAUGAAUAUCAUGAAAUAAGCGAUGAGGAACAGAUGGAUGCUACUGAGAGUCCCAAAUUUGAGACUCUGGACUUGGGCCCCUCAUUGAUGGACGAGGUGUUUCGAGCUCUUGAGACAACUCAACUCAACUUUGACUUUGACAAAGUGCCCAAAGACAGCUGUUUUGCUAAAAGUGAGCCUCCAAAGGAAACCCUGAUGCCCAAACCUUCCUCUGCAAGCGGAACCUUCAAGAAGAAGCAGCUUGCAGCAGUCAAGCCCAUUUCGGCUGCUGAGGAACAGACACUUGAAACGGCCAUUGCAAUAGCUAAAGAGGCUGCUGCACAGAGCAUGCAGGAAAUGGAUGGUCCUUCAGAAUCUGAUGCCACACAGGACAGCCCGCGCACCCCCAGUUCGCCAAACAAGCGGAAAUUCUCCUUCAAGUUUAAGUCAAGCCCCAAAUUGGGAAGGCGCACUUUCUCAGAGGAAGCAGAAGCAAUUCCUGACAUUCAAGACUCUCUCUCAGAAGAGGCCAAAGAAGCGUACAAUAGUCUUGUCGACAAGGUACCAGAAAAACUAGUGGCAGUUGAACCAACACUGGAAGUAGCGCCAGCACCCGCAACGGCAGCUGUUGGUGAAUCCCCCCUGGACACAGGUGCCGACAUGAACCCACUAAGGCGAAUUAGGAGUGGCAUCCAAAUUCAGCCUCGCAUCAGAGGCAACCGUCAUGGCAUCCCAAGCAGUUGCAGGCCCACCACACCACACACGGCUGCGCUUGCACGCUUGGCUGCCAAUGCUGUCAGCUCUGGCAGCACACCAAGAAAUGGACUGGGAGCUCCACCACCACCACCACUCUUGCAGCAGGCAGAAGCGAAUCCUCUUCCAUUGCCGCCAAGGGACCGUACUAAGCCUGCGCAAGUCCUGAAGCAUCACCAACGGAAGCACCCGCUGCUGCUGCUUCCCGGUACUGUUUCAGCGGAGACUGCGGAUACCUGUAAGGACUCUGGCAGUGAGUCGCCUCCUGUGCAAGAGUCUGUGACAGUGCCGAGGCAGGCUUCUGUAAAUGAGCGGAUAGCGGCUGUUGAAGCAAGGACAAGCAGAAGCGAGGCCGAGCCACGGUUUCCCCCACCAAAGCCAGUGCGAACAUGCAGUAACCCAGAUGAUUCGUUUGAGAACCAAAUUCAGGAAGAAAUUGACAGCCUAGACCAUCUCACAACAGCUGAAGCUCCAUCACCACCAACCAUCUAUAAGAACAGUGACCACGUCAGUUGUGAAGAUCUCCUCGAGUUUGCCAUGGACAGGCCUAAUGCAAAAAGGACUCAAGGCCCUGCACGAGGCGUUGAUUCUGAUGAGGUCCGAAUCAUGCAGAAAGUUCUCGCAAAAGAGCAUGUUGGCGUAGAGGAGUGCCUUGUGGCCCUAAAUGAAGUGGACUGGGAUGUGCACAAAGGAAUCAAGUGGCUGCGGCUUCAGCAGCAGCUGCAGCAGCGGCAUGGCUUGACUUUCCCAGCUGAUGCUUGCUCCCACGCCCUGGAGCAGAGUGGUUGGAAUGUCUUGCAGGCCACCAACCUCCUCAGAGCUACACAGGCAAGCACCUUGGAUGACACCACCGAAGUGUGAUGUUUGAAUCUGGUAGUGAAUUUACUUGAGAGCUGUGGGGGAAGAAGGGAGUAUGUAUGGGUGCACACAUAUUCUGCUGCAUAAACUAGUAGCCCCAAAUGAUGAAUUUCAUUAGUGAAGCACACUCCAUACAUUAUUAUUCACUACCACAACUUACAUAGCAGAAUAGCACCUCUGUUCUACUGUUAGCUGCAGGAUUCAUGAAUUAAUUAUGAACACAAAACGCCAUACAAUUUUACCAGAAGUAUAUUUAGCCAUUGUAAAGACCUAGGAAGAAGGCAGUAGUAGCAGAAAAUGCAAAUGGGUGGAUGCUUAGCUGUUGAACAAUGCCAUAUUUGUCACUGAUUUUGGAAAUAUUGGCCUCUAAUUUUGCUUGUGUGGAUCCAUCUAAGUGAAGUAAUGGAAAAAGUAGAACUAAUCAGUUGUAUUCCUUUUACUACAGAAAGAAAACUGCAGCUUGAAAUACAUUUUAGCAUGCAUACUACAAGGAACGGUUUUGUGAACAUUGUGCUCACCCUUCUCGGCUCGGGUGACACUGAUAGCAUGAGUGAGUGCAGGCCAUUUACAGGGUCGAGUCCACAGUAUCGCAUCAUGCCUGGUGAGCAGACAGAAUGGGCCACAAAUGCCACUACUCCCAUUGUUUGCACGUAGCAUAAUAAAGAACGUAGUAAUCAAACAGGGAAACAAAAGACACUGAUUUAAGUCAUGCAGUUCACCAUAGUGUUCUUAUAUAUUGAGCAGUACCAUGUGCUGCUGCCUUUUAUGCUUGUCAUCUUUCACAUCUGAGCUGCUGCUAGAUUUUUCAUGGAAGCCUGUGUAGUGAAACCUGUGAAGUUCAUAAAUGGUAAGUGUCCUGGUUUUACGUUAGUUUUUCAUUACAUCUGUGGAGCCAGCUUAGAUAGCUGGCACGGGUGCCUUGUGCUUUUGUAUGUUGUUUGUAGAUUCUCGAGCAUUUAAGUACUACUGCCUGUGGCUAUAAAUGUUUCACAGUGUUCUUUGUGCCUACUACAUUGUGGUUGUCUUCUGUAGCAGAUGGUAGGCAGGCUGAUGUGUGUGUGUGCCUGCCUGAACAGUGUCAUAACUGUCUGCUUUGCACUUUAGGAAAGCAGUGAAAAAGGUGCCUUUAGAAUGUGGUGACGCUCUCAUGCAAUUUUUAUUUUCUGUGUGCAGUUGUAGCGGCAAAUGUUUUGUGUCUAACAUGUGCUUCAAAACAAGAGCGUGUUUUCCUUAUACUGUAAGCUUUACUUACUUGGGCCCUGAGUAUGGCAAGUGUUCUUUAGUUAACAGCUCUGCACAAAUAAGUGCUCUAGGCAUUGUAUAUGCGAUAAGAGAAAUUUGUGAAGAAGUAAAUUGGCUGUGAAACAGGUGCAAAGCAACUAGCUAUUGAAGGAAUCUGUAGUCUGGUUUUGGUGCAGUACAGAUGGGUUAUUAUUGCUUAAAAGAAUUGCCCAUGUUGCUUCAGUAAAAGGGAUAAUCAAAAGCAGUUAACUGUUUGCUUUUUCACAUCGUGCAUGUAGUGAGCCACAAAAAAAAAACAGAACCAUUAGAAAUGUUAGUUCUGGGAAAAAGUUGAGGCAUAUGCAUUGCACACACAUCCUAGUCAGCAUGGAGGUUUAUGCUGACAUACUGCCACUGAUGCGUGCUACUAUUGAAAAAUACAUCAAGUGCGGGACAUUCACAAAUUCAAGCAGCUCUAUGAAUUGCUGCACCAAGUGCGUAUUUAGGAAUCUCCUGUAUGCACAGAAGAAUUCUAUAUCUCAGCUGAUAAUGUGCAUUUUUUUACUUUUCCUCCACUCUUCUCUUUAUGCCAUUCAGAGACUUACUAUACAGGCAUGCUAUGACUAUGAUCAACUUGCGCACAAAAUUGUCACAAAAAAAAAGCAUUGCGUAGCUACUGUGGAAUUGCACCUACUUAAGUGCAUCUGUGUUUGCAGUGCAAUGUAUUAUGGCACCACAUAGUAAAUAGUCUCUAAAAUACAUUUAAAAAACUGGCAAGUGUUUGUGGCUUACCAAAUAUACAUAUAUAUAUGAGCAUCAAAUGCAUGCUACUUGCCUAGCAGUACCGUAGUUACAUAAAUCGCAAUUCACAUGACUGUCUAUCAUAACUGGUUUUCCAAGCACUGCAAGAUCUUAAUUUCUUUUUGUACUUUGUUGCAGUGAUAUUAACUUUACUGCAAGUGUACAGUAAUGAGUCCAGUAGUUAGGCCUAUGAACCUAUAAAUGCCAUAAAAGCUUGUCAAAAAAUUACCUUUCUCAUGUCUGGCCUUACUGAGCUUGUUUGUUGUGCUGUAUAGUGUUGCGUGGCUGCAAGCUUUCUCUUCUGCAUCUAAUUUCUUUUUUCAUAGACCUCAGUGCCUCAGAUAGAAACUGUUUUGUUUGUGCCAAGCACAGUCUGUGCACUUUUUAACAAGGCCAUCUAUGAUUUAGAUAACAGAUGCAUGAUUGAGCUCAUUUCUAAAUGUUAAAAAAGAGAAUGCAGGUAGUAAGUAUUUUAAGUCAGACACAGUAUCUACUCAUUGUGCAUGUUCUUCACUGCUUAAGCAUAUUGUAGAAUUUAAGAUCUUCCUUGCUAAGCAUGUGCCAUCCUCGUCAUAUAUAAUUGGUUCUCAUUUCAAAGUUGCCUGUUUUGUUUCAUUUCCUCAACACACAGCUUCAUUCGAAUCCUCCUUUGCACAUGCAUGUUGCCAAGGGUGCUGGCAGAAAACCAAUUGUAAAGUAUGCUUCUCUGUGGCGUUUGCACACCACAGGAAAUGUUUUAUGUUUUCCGUACAGAUAUAAAAAUGUGUAGCUUUCGUCAUAAGUAGGUUUUAGUUUUGUGCUCCUGAUAGUGAACCAGUGAAGCAUGAGCACUUGAAGUGUCUUAAAGUUCUCAACACUGAUUUCAACCUAGCUUUCUUAGAGCAAUAGGCAGUGCUUUAUUUUCUCUGUUAGUGCUGCCAAGGAAAAGAGCCCGUUAGUGUAAAUAUAUUUAUAAGUAGGCUUUUCUAAGUGUUAGGUUUGCCUUGUGCAAGUUUGUAUAUGUUCGAUGUAUGCUUGAACCUGUGUGUUCAGUGAGGAGUGUUGUGGCAGGCUGCAUGUCAUUGCAGAAUUUAUUUCCCAAAGUUAGCCAUGCAGUGUAGCUGCCACAUACAUAGUCCUUGUGCUUGGCUGUUUGCUUAUAGGUCCUGUUUUGUCAUGGACAAACUCCUAGUACUAUUUCGUAAUUGACAAGCAGCUAUAUUCAGGCAACCUUCAUUGACUGAUUGGUAAUAACUUCAUCUUUUGAAACGUCUUUUAUCUGUCUAAGCUUCUGGAGGUGCCAAUUAUUAAUAGCUUUAUAUGCUAACCUUUUACACUGCAACAGAAGCAAGCUGAACAACUAAACUUGCAUUCCUGUGUUACACACCAGCUUUGUUUGACCGCUGAAGUGAAAUCUUGGCAGCUGUAUGUUUAGCAUGCCUUCCAUACAUAUGCAAGUGUGUUUUUUGACGUUGUGCGAGUUGCCCUUCUGAGAAACCAUGAAAACCAUGUGGGUUCAAAUGCAGAACAUGCUUUCAACCUGUCUAUGUAUGAUUGCUAAUCAUGCGGAAAAUAUUUUGGCUUGCUUAUGCUUCCUCAUCCGGCUUUUAAGAAUCUCAGUGGUGUGUUUUUUUCCCAUCUCACUUUGCACCUAAAAAUAAUAUUCCCCUGGUUCUAUACUGCAAGUUUAAGUGCGGCGCUACAAUGGAGAUAUUUCAUUGAAAUUACUAACGGAAGCAUCUGUCCCUAUUUGGUAUUGAAAUUGUUUAGCUACCAGUGUUCUUCUGUUAAAUUUUAAACUAAUUUAGCUUGUAACUAAAAACCUUGAGACAAGACAGGGUUUUUGUGUAAUUCGCAAAUGUACAAGUGUCUGGAAUGAUCUGAAUGCUAUUUUGCUGCUGUACGCAGAAACUCUGUAACAGUUCUACUUAGCAUUGCAUGCUGUCAAUAAAAUGUUUGAUGAA